ACACCUGUGGCCCCCAAUCAGCUGGUUCAAGCACAGCCUCUCGAAAAGUUUGCGUGUUGUGGCUUCACGAAUAUUGGAAAAAGAAAGGAAAUCCUGGCGAGGAGUGGACCGCAGGCAGCAGCACCAUGCUCAAGUCCCUCAAGCCGGACACGUACGCCGGAAUGGCGAACGCCAAGUGCGGAGAGAUCUACUUUCAGAGCCUGAACAGCUUUCGCAUUGACUGCACCUUCUGCGAGAUGAAGAGCUUCGUGUUUGGUGACUUCCUGCUUCACGUCCAGAACGUUCACUUUGAGAACGGCCUGCUCAAAACGGAAACGACAGAGACGGAGCUGAAGCAGGAGCAGCGAGAUAGCCUGGCGGAUAGUCAAGCAUCUCCCGUGCCGAUUGUAGCGCAGGUGAAUCCUUUUGCUUGGUACGAAAUCGGUGGUGUCGAGCAGGAUGAGAGCGACGAUGAAACGGGAGCGGCAGCAGCAGCAGACGCAGAGGAGCUGCCUGGAAAAGCUAUCAUGAAGUGGGAUAACUCCAAUUACGAUUGCUUGCGCCAGGUUAGAGCUUUAAAAGUCGACUACAAAGAGGACUCUGACCAGGAGUGCGACGACCUUUCAUUUCUGCAUCUGGAAGUAGAGAGCCAACAAUCUGCAUCUCUCAAAUCGCCCAAUCCUUGUCCAUAUUGCUCGAAGACAUACCAGAGCCGCAAGACUUUAGAACGGCAUAUCAUGCGGCAGCACAAGAAUGUGGCUUCGUUAGAAGCGGACAGCGAUGAUGCUGACUAUGAGCCACCCAAGGAGACCAGCACGAAACCAGUCCAGGAGCAUAAGUGCAAGCACUGUGGGAAGAUCUACCAUGGGAAGUACAGCCUGCGACAGCAUUUAAAAAGGGAUCACGAUGUCCCGGGUGACGAGGGAACCACGAGCUUCACAUGCCUGGAGUGUGAUACCCAACUGCCCCGCCUACGAUUACUGGACGAGCACAUGGUCGAGGCACAUGGUGGGGUCGCGUGCGUCGUCUGCGGCAGGCGGUAUAAGACACGACACGAGCUGAAGCGACACCAGACGAAGCAUGCCACGGAAAGAAACGUGCCUUGUCCGCACGCAGGCUGCGGGAAGCGAUUCUUCACUGUCCGCCACAUGCGAAAUCACUGCAAGGUGCACACGGAGCAAAAGAACUUUGUGUGCGAAAGUUGCGGCUACAGCUGCCGAAAUAAGGAGACGCUGCGCGUCCACAUCCGCAGCCACACGGGUGAGAGGCCGUUCGGCUGUCAAGUGUGCAACAAGCGUUUUCCGUCACAUUCCGGCCUCCGGGAGCACAUGGCCAUGCACUCGACGGAGCGACCUCAUGUGUGCGGUGUUUGCGGGGCCACCUUCUCACGCCAAAAGGGCCUGUACCAUCACAAGUUUCUACAUGCGGACACCAAGCAAUUUGUUUGCAAGCUUUGUGGCAACGCCUAUGCCCAGGCAGCAGGACUGGCGGGACACAUGCGGAAGCACCGGAACGACGAGCUCAACGGCUAGGUGAUGGAUGUAUGAUAGAGAAAAAUCGUUUAAAUCUUCCAAUUUCGAAUAAUUUUAAGAACUCAGGCAUAGACUAUAGGACAAACCGAUCACCUCUCCUCUGGAUGGGGUAUAAAUAGGGGUUUGUUAUUGUUUCCUAUUGUUUUUUUUUUUGUAUUAUGAUUAACACGUCCGUUCCACUUUCACCCAAUCUUAAAAACUGUUGAUGAAAUACGGUGAUUUGAAAGUAUCUUUUUUUAAACUCUAUCUUAACCCUUUAGUUGUAAGGACACCUUUGUUAGACAGUAUAAUCAUAUAAAAUACGGAUAGUAUUUAUUGAAUUUAGGUAUUCAUCUAAUUCAAUGACUUUUUUGUACAGACAUAUAUUAUUUUGAACAACUUUGUGACAGGGAACACCGCGAUAUUGAUAAUCGAAUCGGAAAUCCUCGCCAGACGGAUUUCAACAGUUAACAUCUUUUUGUAUUGAUAAAUAUAACUGAAUCUGAAUUAGCGGCGCUCUCUCGGGAGGGUCGUGUUUAAAAUUAAAUUUA